AUGAUCGAUCUAUCUAUCUAUCUAUCUAUCUAUCUAUCUAUUGUCUAUUCAUCUAUCGAGCUAUCUCUUUAUCUAUCUGUCUAUCUACCAUUAUCUAUUCAUCUAUCGAUCUCUCUCUCUCUGUCUCUAUCUAUCUACCAUUGUCUAUUCAUCUAUAGAGCUCUCUCUUUAUCUAUCUAUCUAUCUAUCUAUCAUUGUCUAUUCAUCUAUCUAUCUAUCUAUCUAUCUAUCUAUCUAUCUAUCUAUCUAUCUAUCUAUCUACCAUUGUCUAUUCAUCUAUCGAGCUCUCUCUUUAUCUAUCUAUCUAUUAUUGUCUAUUCAUCUCUCUCUCUCUCUCUCUCUCUCUCUACCAUUGUCUAUUCAUCUAUCGAGCUCUCUCUCUCUCUAUCACUCUCUCUCUCUCUCUAUCUAUCUAUCUAUCUAUCUAUCUAUCUACCCUUGUCUAUUCAUUUAUCGAGAUCUCUCUUUAUCUAUCUACCAUUGUCUAUUCAUCUAUUGAGCUCUUUCUUUAUCUAUCUAUCUAUCUAUCUAUCUAUCUAUCUAUCUAUCUAUCUAUCUAUCUACCAUUGUCUAUUCAUCUAUCGAGCUCUCUCUUUAUCUAUCUAUCUAUUAUUGUCUAUUCAUCUCUCUCUCUCUCUCUCUCUCUCUCUCUACCAUUGUCUAUUCAUCUAUCGAGCUCUCUCUCUCUCUAUCACUCUCUCUCUCUAUCUAUCUAUCUAUCUAUCUAUCUACCCUUCUCUUUCUUUAUCUAUCUAUCUAUCUAUCUAUCUAUCUAUCUAUCAUUGUCUAUUCAUCUUUCUCUCUCUCUCUCUCUCUCUCUCUCUCUCUAUCUAUCUACCAUUGUCUUUUCAUCUAUCGAACUCCCUCUCUAUCUAUCUAUCUAUCUAUCUAUCUAUCUAUCUAUCUAUCAUUGAGCGAGGGCACUUCGACGGGGUGUAA